AUGUGGAUCUCCCUCAUGGCCAUGAUGGCCUUGGUAGCUGGCGUCUUCGCCCAACCAACCUGUCCUGCGGCGGCUACCGCCACGGUCUUCGUCACGGUCGACUCAGCCAACGACGCUGGUGCCUCGAUCGUCGUCCAGACUGUGACUGCCACCGUUCUGCCCUCUGCCCAGUUUCCUUGGUCUCCUGCCUCUCCCAGCAUCCCGGCCACUCUCACCGUCACUAUUGACAGCUAUGACCCACCUGCCGGCAGUUCCCAGUUCACCGGUCCGAAGCCUUGGGAGUCAUCCCCUGCCCAAUCCACCGCGUUCACUGUUGUCACUGCCACUGUCGCCCCUCCCAGCCCCAAUCCCCCCGUUGGCAUGCCUCCUGCUUCCGCUGGCAACGAUGGCACUGGUGGCCAACAGUCUGCCACCACGAACUGCCCGUCUGUCACCACCAACCCUGAUUCUGGUGGCAACGCUGAUGGCGUCACGGUCAUCACCACGACCCUGCUCAGGACCAAUGCCAACUUGGAUCAAGCUACGCCCUCUGUUGACACCGUCGUCGCAACUUUCACAGUUACUUUUCCACGGCCUGCCGCCACUGGCUCUGUUCCAGGUUCUGCCUCGACGACCGGCACCGUCGACCCUGCUUCUGGCGAACUGUUCACAUACACUGUCACUGCACCUGCUGCUACUGGUUCUCCCUCUGUUCCUGGAAAUGACGGUGCCGCUACCUCAUUCACCACCACGCUGUACCGCACGCGUCCUGGAUCUGCUCAAGGCACACUUGCCGUUGACACACUUGUGACUUGCUUCACAGUAACUUUUCCUUCAGCAACUGGCACUGCGCCUGCUAUCACGGGCGUUCCUGUACAUUCAGCCAAUGUUCCAGGAGGUGUCCCUGGAGGUGGUAUCCCCGGAGGUUCGGUUGGCACAACGACUCGCUACAUUCCCACCAUGGUUCCUGGCCCUGAUGGUUCGCUGAGCUACUCUAUUGAUACUGUGGUAUCAACGUUCACAGCGCCCACCGCCGGUUAUCCGCCUAUCGCUGGCUCUAGUGUGAUCACUACGGUCAUUCCUGCGUACCCGUCUGAUAGGCCCUCGGACGGAGUUGCAACCGUUGUCACCACGACUUUGUACGCUUCCCCUGCCAGUGCCAGCACUGACAGUCAGCCGAUGGACCACUCGAAUCCUUCCGUUGUCGUUCUCACACUUACAAUUCCUCAGCCAUCGGGCGGCGGUCCUGCUACUUACACCACUGUGCUAGCAAGCAACUCUGGGGACAUUGGCAUUGGCGGCGCGAGCACUCCGGCGGCUUCCACUGCUACAAUCAUCCAGGUGGUGCCAGGUUCUGGCUCUCCCACGUCUGCGCUUAGCGUAAUUACCCCAACCUUGAUUCCCGGCGGCUACGGCGAUCCCUUUCUUCCUGGUGCAUCCGGUGUCCCCGCCUCAGGUGUUCCCGCCUCUGGCAUACCGGCUUCCGGUGGUCCAAUUUCUGGUGUUGUUCCUCCUUCUGGACAGACUCCUGCGUUCCCGUGGGCCGGAUCUGGAGCUUCUCAGGGCACUUUGGAAGCACCCGUAACAGUCAGUGUUCCUGCAUCUGGCGUUGAUACCACAGCUGCCAACGACUUCCCGGGUGGCUACGGUGACUCGGGCCAGACCGGUGUUCCUCCUUUUGUCCCUGGUCCUGCAGUCAUCUUGACUGUUACCCAAGCAACUCCUGUCGCCGGUUUCUCAACGCCCCUUGCAGGUGUGCCUACUUCUCUUGUUGGCGUCCCAGCAUCCAACUUCGAUGGUCCCACAUCUAUCAUGGGUGGCUAUGGCUCUGUUGUCGUCGUCAACCCCGCAACUCUUGUCUCAUUCCCCCAGGCCACGCCCUCUGUCGUAACCCUUUGGCCAGUCACCUCAGGUAUCAACUCUGCUCUUCCCGCCGCUACGACCAAGACUUCUUGCUCAAGCACACUGUCUUCUGAGGUUGCAUCCACGGCCGUGCUUACCAGAACUCUGGUCAACUCCACCGCUAUUCACAAGCGCUACGUGAACACAACCGCGACAGUAGUAACACCAGUACCGACGCCAAUCUGCACCGGCACCACGGAGGUCGGCAACCUCAACCUGGAUUUCGACGAUGUAUCAACCGGUCCCUUCUUUAACCCUUACCACCGCUUCUGGUUCUCAAAAGGAUUCUUGGUUGGCCCGCCCCCGCUGAUGCCAUUCCUUCCGUCAUCUGGCGGCCGCCUGAUUGAGUUCGUUCCUCCCAUUCUUUCGAAUACUUCUGCGGACAAUGCGUCUGGCGACACGGCACAGAUUGGCAUGGGAAAACUCGCUUCGUCUCCGUGUUUCCAGUUCGACUUCCUCGGCAUGAAUUUGGGCUGCCACUCCGACUCCGCUGUCCCCAAUCAGAUUUGGUACAGGUGGGAUGCCAGCGCCACCAAGGAGAUCGAGGCCAUUAGUCAAGAUGCCUGGGUCAAUGCCUGCAACAAGCCCACCGAUUGCCCUCUCACCCCCUUCUCGGCCGUGGAAUUCACCGGUCUCAGCUCUAUCCUGGUCACCUUGCGUGUCGAUGGCCGCCCCCAGGUAUGGUGGGCCGAUGACCUCCGAGUUGGCUGGAGCAAGAACGAUUGCGUGACUGCAAGCUGCAGACGACAGACCCAGCCAACCGUCUCCCAGCACCACGGUCCUAUCUGGUACUGGACUCCGACUGGCUUGAGGGCGUUUUCGUCUUCUAGAAUCAACCGCGUUUUCUGA